AUUGUAUACUGCUUAAGACCCAGUCAUCACUUCCAUCCUAACUAUUGGACGAGACCAGCCGUAAAACGAAGACGAUUUUAUUCUACGCAGAAGUUCAGGACCAAAGCCAGCAUGUGGAGUGUGAUUGGGCUGAUGUUGGCAGCCCUGUUCGUGGGCACGAACGCAAAUGUUGUUCUUCCCUGUCCCGUCAUUUCCCAUGAGGACGUGGUUCGCUACAUGCCUUCCGACCAGACGUCCAUGCUUGUCACGCUAACAGAAUGGGAAACAAAAUCUGGAGAGGUCGAAUCGCUCAAUUGUGGUCCCUACACUGCAGGAAAAGAACUGGAGGUCGCCCUCGGCGAAUGCGAUAUUGAAUGCGAGGCUUGUAAUGCGGGCGGUGCAUGCUGCACCUACAAGUAUCUCCUGACCGUCAAAGUUGCGGUGUGUCCCGUCAUUUCCCAUGAUGACGAGUUUUACUACUUAACUUCCGGCGCAGAAUACAAAGAGGUCCAGCUAACACAAUGGACAGAAACCAGUGGAAAGGUCGUAUCGCUCAAUUGUGGUGCCUACGUUGAAGGAAAAACACUGAAGGUUACGCCCGGCGUAUGCGAUAUUAAAUGCGAGGCUUGUGGUGAAGGCGGUGCAUGCUGCCCCUACAAGUAUGUCCUGACCGUCGUUGAAAGGAGAUGUUCUGUUGAAAACAUUGAAAACGGUAAGAUGACCAGUGAAUCUCUCUUGAUCGGCAGUGAAGCUACAGUCACCUGUAAUGAUGGUUUCGCGUCAGUCGGUGAUCCAGGUCCAAUCACGUGCAAAUCCAGAGUGAAUUUCAAGGACGCAGAUGGGGGUCCCGAGGAACUUGGAAAAAAUAGUUGUUUUUGGGAAAAUAUGCCAGAAUGCAAAGCGAUCACUUGUGCUAAGCCUGGAGCAGGUACUAAUACAAUAGCAGUGUCUGGUGGACGAAGGAACCUUAACCAGGAUUAUACCUAUUCCUGCAAACCCGGCUACACCGCCACCUCUGAUGAACUGAAUACCGUCUGUGUAGUUAACGGUAACGCACCCACUGGAAAGUGGUCUGUACCUCCACCCACUUGCGAAGACGUCGAUGAGUGCACGUCCGGACAGGACCCCUGCGAUCCUAACGCACAAUGUGACAACACGGAAGGAGGUUAUGAGUGUGAAUGCAAUGAAGGAUACGUAGGCGAUGGAAUCUCCUGCAAUCAGAUCACUUGUGCUAAGCCUGGAGCAGGUACUAAUACAAUAGCAGUGUCUGGUGGACGAAGGAACCUUAACCAGGAUUAUACCUAUUCCUGCAAACCCGGCUACACCGCCACCUCUGAUGAACUGAAUACCGUCUGUGUAGUUAACGGUAACGCACCCACUGGAAAGUGGUCUAAAGAUCCACCCACUUGCGAAGCGGAAAGAAGUUCAACCCAAGGAACUACCCUCAGAUGUCCAAGAGGCUUUGAACUUUUUGAAGGGAAAUAUUGCUUCCUCAUAAUAAGCAAGGCCGACAUAUGGGAAGUACAGGCACGGAAAUGCAAGGCCAAGAAGGGACAACUUGCAAUACCUCGCUCCGAAGACAAAGCCGAAGUUCUACAAAGAUAUCACACAGAGAACCUCAGAAACGACGUGUGGAUUGGACCCCAAUCUCUUGUUGUCAGCAAUGUCUUUACUGACUUUGAGUUAAACAGGCUUUCCUUCACCUUCUUUAAGAACAAGAAGCCAGAACGAGCAAGUGGCAAAGGACUUGGACCCGAUUGUGUGUCUGUAAGUGCGCAGAACGGCAAAUGGACCAACGAAUGUUGUUACACCCGCCAUCCUGCUAUUUGUGAAAUUGGGCCCAUCGGCGAUCCCGAGUGCGAUGAUGUUAGCGGGUACAUCUUCUUCCAAGAUCGUUGCCUGAGGUUUAUAACCAAUCCGGAUUCCUUUGAAGCCCAAUGCCAUGAAUGCAGAAGGCUCAAAGGUCGCCUAGCCCCAUCUCUGAACGAAGCACAAAAUGAAGCUCUGCUUGCAUUCUACAAAUCUGAAUCGCCAGCCAACGGCAAGCCAGCAUGGUUUAACCUACACAAUCUUAUCUCGAGUAGUAACUAUCAAACCACUGAACUUCUCACGUCGACUUUCUCUAAACUUCCUGGCAGAUCUUCAGACAGUGAUCGAUGUGUGAACAUAGGGUCUGGCGGAUGGGGAAAAGAGUGUUGCCACGAUAAACUUCCUGCAGUAUGUGAACUGAAUCGAUGCCCACAACAUUACAUACAGAGCGGUGAUAUCUGUGUCCGUCUACUCCAGACACCCGAUACCUGGGAAGCCAGUGAGAAGAAAUGCCGCAAGGACGGGGCAAGCUUAGUGAUAGAUGGAGACGACCAACUCGAAGAACUCCUUGGCAGUAAGUUUUUGAGCGCAGGUUCCUGGAUUGGCUGUCAUGACCAGGUCGAGGAAGAGAACAUCCAAACACCAUUCCUAAAGGAACUCGGCGUUGAGAUCAACAGAAAUAACGCAGAGAGAGACUGCUGCGUUCUGAAUUCCGAUGGAGUCUCCAUGGAAUGCUGCUACGAGAAGCUACGUGCUAUAUGCUCUUUGCCAUUAAAGAAGUAGCGUCCCUCAGGGAGCACAAUAGCUGACAUUUGAAACACUUGACUUACUUUGGUGUGCAGACCCGACUCUUUUCUAUGACCUUUAAACUCUUCUCACCUUUGACGCCUAUAUGGAAAUGGCCCUUUUCAACCUCAACGCAGGAGCGGGGAAAAGCUGUCCACAAUUGACCUGUGACCUAUGAACUCUCGUCACCUUAUAUAUAUAUAUAUAUAUAUAUAUAUAGAUAUAUAUAUAUAUAUACAAACGGAAGUGACUCUCCUCAAACUAGACACAUAAAUUGACAUCUCUGUUCGCAAAAGGGCAUAGUGUUUAUAUUGGAAUGAUAAUACAAAGAUCUUCAAAUAUCUGUCAUUACGUUUUGGUUCACCUGCCGCCAUUUUGAAGAAAACUAUCACACUAAAGUAUACUUUACUGUCGCUAUGUAGUUUAAGGUAUUAAUGCUGUAAACUUCAAUUAUACUUUCUAGACAAAGAAUCAAUUACGUUGGCAUCCAAGCACUUCAUGUUAUUUGAAGAUUCGCUGAGGAGGUCUGUGAACGUUGUAUAGUUAUCAGCAUUACCAUUUUCUAUUGGAACUCUGUCCAAUUAUUGUGCAAUAUACACACUAUUAAACUGUAAACUAUAGAUUCAAUCUGGUUAACAUUGUGUCUGAGAUAAACUUAACAUUCAAAGCAAUCUUUACUGACAUCCGUUUUUAAAAUUGAACUGAAUGUGGGGGAAAUUUCCUUUUUCUUUUUCAACAAACCUUCUAUUCGAAGGAAUUUGAAUCUGUUGUAUAUAUCUAUAAGCACACAGUCAUUAUAAUGUGUUAAUUGGUGGAAAAAUCUUCAACCUCUAUUUUAUGAUAUUUAUGUCAUAUACUUAAUUAUGUCAAUGCUUAAUCAUGUAUAUAAUUGACAUCCAUUACGUUUUCCUUCCUUUACAUGAUUGAAGUAUUUCCAUUGAUUCAAAUGUCACGCAAUGAUAAGAUGGUACUUGAUGCCAUCCCUAAACAAGAAAAAAUAAAAAUAACUCAAGAGCUUUUAAGUUAAUUGGAUAGAGCAACAGUUCUCGCAUGGAAUCUGCACAUAUCUUUGGCUGGUCCGGAAUGUGCACAUUCCAUUGGAGUUGUUGCUCCGAAAUUAAAAUCUCAACCAAUUCAGUAAUUUAAAUAAAAAUCAUUUAUUACCGACGAGAAGCAAAGGAAUAAUGUGUUUAUAUUAAAGGCAUUAACAUGAUCUUGAUCGGAAACAUUGAUAGCAUUAUGGUUAAAAAGUAUGCUGCUCAUAAAAUCAUCAAUAUUUUGAGGCAAUACUCUUGUCACUUCUAUAAAACUUCGAACUCAUUCAUUCAAGCAUCGGACUAGACUGGGGCAAAUUCAGUGUUUAGCGCUGGUGUGAUCACCACGCCAUUGUUUAGCACAAACUUGUAUAGAACCAGCAACCUUGUCCACUGUGUCAGCUAUCUCUAUUACGUGCCACCCGUUCUGUUUGCCGUCACAACAAAUUUAAACAGCAUUAAUCUUGGUUAUUUGCCAUAGUGAAGAGCGGCAGAAAUGUUCAACUCAAAUAGUUGGAAAGAUGAUCACAUCUAUCUAGAAUUGAAAGGCUCUAACACAUGUUCUACUGUAAAACAAGACAGUCAUAAAUUACUUGAAAUGUACCAUUAUAAAACUUUUUUGGCAAUGUGCAAUAAACUUAAUUCUUGGUGUUAAACAAA